AUGAACGCUGCGUCAACAUCGUCUUUGUCCCAAGGCCCUUCUUCUGUAAAGGAUCUUAUAUCUCGAACCCUCAACACAAAUCAAGCUCACCAAUAUGCACUCACUAAAUACGCCGAACGCCUCACAGAAGAACUCAAAGAAGUCGAUGCUCUUUUGAAAAUAGCAGAACAUGAAGUCCACGAGGACGACCCUCUAGACGAAGACAUUCAGAUUAUGGGAGCGAUCGCCGCAAAGAGUCCCAUAAAUCCCGCUGACCUGCUGAAAACGGAAUCUCCAUUCUACGAGGAAGCGACAUCUAGGAACCGUUAUGUUAGCCGUAUCCAAUAUCGCCCAAUGAAAGCGAAGGAAGUGGAGACGCUGGUCAGUGCGGUUAGCGACGAGUUCAGGAGGUUGCGUGCUGUCGACUUUAAAAAUCGAGGUCUUGGGAUACCAGACAAGUCUGAACCAGUCGACCUAGACGGGAACACGGACAAUAUCAACUGGGGAGUGGUGGCUGAAAAGGUAUCGGACGUCGCGACUUUCAAAAGGAUGCCGGAUGAGUGCAAAGUAAAAUGGUUAGGACAUAAACAACCAAGGUUGAACCACUCUGAAUGGAGUGAGCCCGAACUUAAAAAGCUUCAACAAAUCGUCGGAGAGCGCCAGAAAAGUGGAGCAGUGGAUUGGACAGAGGUUGCCGAGGCUCUUGGGACAAAUCGGGUACCAAUCGAAUGUAUGAGAAACUCUAUUCCCCGACCUCGCCACGCAUGGACUCCAGACGCCGACAAAAGACUAGUUGAAGCUGUGGAACUAUAUGGUCACAAUAACUGGGGUCUAUGUGCACUAUAUGUGUCUGAACACUGCACUCCAUCUCAGUGCUAUGGACGUUACACUAGAUAUCUUGAUCCGCAAAUCAACAGAAGUGAAUGGACGACAGCAGAAGAUGAAAAACUCCGUGCAGCUGUCGUUACUUUUGGGCCUUCCUGGAAGGAAAUUUCUGCAUUCAUACCCGGUCGCACAAACGAACAGUGUAGGGAGAGAUAUUCGGUUGUGAACAAUACAACCGGAAAACGAGCAGGUGCAUGGGAUAAUGAAGAAGACCGAAAGUUAUUGGAGGCGGUCAGCAUCCACGGACACAAAUGGAGGAUGGUCAGUGCUUAUAUGCAAAACACACGAACAGAAGGACAGUGCCGAAAUCAUUAUGCAAUACUACAGAGGGCCAUGGGCGCAACUGCCCCUUCUCCUCCUCAGGAGGUAUCGUCUGUCGCCAUUUGCUCCCCUUCUACUUACGAUGAGCCUUUUGUACCCGCCGAUCUUCCCGUGAACUCGCCAUCGCAAACAACACACACUCCUUCCUCAGGCCAAUCACAGCCGAGAAACAGACAGCUGUCUACGAAAGAGAAAGGCAAAUCCAAGGCGAAUGUUUCCUCGCAGAUUACCGUAGCUUCCGCGGCUGCGCCAGUGGAUAUGGACUUAGCUAUGCCUAUGCGUCCGGCAAUCACCGCCUCGCAGUCUAGACCGAGGCCAAAACCUAAACCCAUUCCAGUAAGAAACACCAAUAGCACAAAUCUGAGCGCUGACAAAGUAAUGAACCCAAAUCCAUCCAUUUCUGGUAUUCCGUCAAGCAGGGAGGGUGAAGGCAACUCUGAUACACAAGAUAUGUCGAUUGGCACGGUGGUAACUAGUGUGGGUACGCGGCAGUCCCGACGUCUUGCGAACAAAACGUCUACCGCUGCCUCAUAUUCGUAG